CGGGAUAUCUAUGGGGCGAAACGAGAUGCAAUGAACCCGAGAGCGAGCGAGACAGCGACGAGCGCGGCGGAUACGCACCGGAGCUGCUCCAUGGGGGAUCGGCCGCAGUAGGAGCGGCUCCCCUCGGGUACGAUCCGCCCCUGUCCCCCACUCGGGCCUCUGGAGGAGGAUGGCGACAGCGGCCGCCCCGACCCAGCUGGAAGCCGAGCUCUACUACCUGAUCGCCCGGUUCCUGCAGUCCGGACCCUGCAGGAAAUCCGCCCAGGUGCUGGUGGAGGAGCUGGAGGCGCACCAGCUGAUCCCCCGCCGCCUGGACUGGCAGGGCAAGGAGCAUCGGAGGAGCUUCGAGGAUCUGGUGGCAGCCAAUACACACAUCCCUCCAGACUAUCUUCUGAAAAUCUGUGAGAGAAUUGGACCCCUCUUAGACAAAGAGAUCCCACAGAGUGUUCUUGGAGUGCAGACAUUACUAGGUGUAGGACGGCAAUCUUUGCUAAGGGCAGCAAAAGACUGCAGGCAUACGCUAUGGAAGGGAUCUGCAUUUGCAGCUCUUCACAGAGGCCGUCCUCCUGAACUACCUGUAAAUUAUGGGAAGCCACCGAAUGUUGUAAAUAUAAUUUCUGCCAAGCAAUUAACUGGAUAUGGGCGCUUCAACCAUUUAUUCCCAUCAUCCAACUAUCAACAUAUGAAGAUGCACAAGAGGAUUCUGGGGCACUUAUCAUCAGUAUAUUGUGUGGCAUUUGACCGCAGUGGGAGACGAAUUUUCACAGGCUCAGAUGAUUGUUUGGUGAAAAUUUGGGCUACAGAUGAUGGUCGUCUGCUCUCAACGUUGCGAGGACACUCAGCUGAAAUUUCUGACAUGGCUGUUAACUAUGAAAACACACUGCUGGCUGCAGGCAGCUGUGAUAAGGUAGUCAGAGUAUGGUGUCUUCGAACCUGUGCACCAGUUGCAGUGCUGCAGGGCCAUUCAUCUUCCAUUACGUCCAUACAGUUUUCUCCAGCAAGAAAAGGAAUAACCCGAUACCUCACUUCUACUGGUGCUGAUGGAGCAAUCUGUUUCUGGCAGUGGCAUGCCAAUACAAUUAAAUUUAAGGAUCGCCCUGUGAAAUUUGCUGAGAGAUCCAGGCCUGUGGUUCAGAUAUCUUGUUCAUCUUUCAGCUCUGGUGGCAUGUUCAUUGCGACAGGUAGCACUGACCAUAUGAUAAGAAUAUAUUAUUUGGGCUCGGAAUCGCCAGAGAAAAUCGCUGAGUUAGAGUCCCAUACGGACAAAGUAGUUGCAGUUCAGUUCUGUAACAAUGGUGACAGUUUAAGGUUUGUCAGUGGGAGCAGAGAUGGAACAGCAAGAAUAUGGCAAUACCAGCAGCAGGAAUGGAAGAGUAUAGUCCUGGAUAUGGCUACUAAAAUGACAGGUAACAACUUGGUAUCUGGGGAGGACAAAGUAACUAAACUGAAGGUUACUAUGGUGGCUUGGGAUCGAUAUGAUACCACUGUCAUCACUGCGGUCAACAACUUCCUUUUGAAAGUAUGGAACUCUACCACGGGACAGCUUCUUCAUAGUUUAUCUGGCCAUGAUGAUGAAGUUUUUGUUUUGGAAGCACAUCCAUUUGACCAAAGGAUCAUGCUUUCUGCAGGUCAUGAUGGGAACAUUUUUGUUUGGGACCUUGAUAAAGGAACAAAAAUUCGCAAUUACUUUAACAUGAUUGAAGGCCAAGGCCAUGGUGCUGUUUUUGAUUGCAAAUUCUCACCAGAUGGACAGCAUUUUGCCUGCACAGACUCACAUGGGCAUCUGCUAUUAUUUGGUUUUGGAUGCAAUAAAUAUUAUGAAAAGAUUCCAGAUCAGAUGUUCUUCCAUACGGAUUAUCGACCACUGAUCCGUGAUGCUAAUAACUAUGUGCUGGAUGAACAGACCCAACAGGCUCCACAUCUCAUGCCUCCCCCAUUCCUGGUGGAUGUGGAUGGAAAUCCACAUCCCACAAGAUACCAACGUCUUGUACCAGGACGUGAAAAUUGUAAGGAUGAGCAACUUAUUCCUCAACUGGGAUAUGUGGCUAAUGGUGAUGGUGAAGUGAUUGAACAGGUGAUAGGGCAGCAAACGAAUGACCACGAUGAGAGUAUUCUGGAUGGAAUGAUUAGGGAGCUGCAGAGAGAACAAGAUCUGAGGAGAAUGAAUGAAGGAGAAGCUAUCCCAAACCCUCCAUACAGUAGAUCACACUCUAUUAAUGGUGCUCUUAGAAGUCCAGGUUUGGACUCCCCACCAAACGUUGGUCUCAGACGUAGUGGUCAGAUUGAGGGGGUCCGGCAAAUGCAUCUCAAUGCUCCUCGCAGUCAGAUAGCCACAGAGAGAGAUCUCAUGGCUUGGAGCAGAAGAGUAGUGGUGAAUGAGCUGCAUCCAGGGGUUAGCAGGGUUCAGGAAGAAUGCCGAGCUGCCAAAGGUGAUAUGGAAGUUAAUCUUUACACUGUUGAAAAGAAGAGAAAACCGUCCUACACUUUGCAAAGAAAUGAUUAUCAACCUGGGAGUGGACGAUCUUUGAGAAGAAACCAACGCAAACGCCAGCAUGCCUACCAAACACGCUCCACCAUUGAACACAAUCAGCAGGGAGCAAGUCAAAAUCCACAUACAAAGGAAGAAUCUGAAAGCUCCUCUGAGGAAGAUGAAACAGUUGGCACAAGUGAUGCCUCUGUGGACGACGCUGUAGCUGUGUGGCAAAGUGAAAGCAGUUCCAGUGAUUCUUCAAGUGAAUAUUCUGACUGGACAGCAGAUGCUGGAAUUAAUCUCCAGCCUCCAAAGAGACAAACCAGACAGGCGACUCGGAAGAUCUGUAGCAGCUCUGAAGAUGAAAACAUGAAGGAAACUAAAGGAUUGGAAGAGAAACGAAGGAAACCCAAACAGACUAGAAAAAAGAAACCAAGUGGAUUACUUUCGAUGGAAGGUGAACCCAGUGAAGAAUGGUUUGCACCCCAGUGGAUCUUGGAUACCAUACCACGUCGUUCACCCUUUGUCCCACAAAUGGGAGAUGAGAUUAUAUAUUUUAGGCAAGGCCAUGAGGCUUAUGUGCGGGCAGUAAGGAAGGCAAAAAUUUACAAUGUUAACAUGCAAAAACAACCUUGGAACAAAAUGGAACUCAGGGAACAAGAACUUGUGAAGACUGUAGGAAUUAAAUAUGAAGUCGGACCUCCUACACUUUGCUGCUUGAAGCUUGCAUUUCUAGAUCCAAUCUCAGGCAAAAUGACAGGAGACUCUUUUUCCAUUAAGUACCAUGAUAUGCCAGAUGUUAUUGAUUUCCUUGUGCUGCAUCAGUUUUAUAAUGAAGCCAAAGAAAGGAACUGGCAGAUUGGGGAUAGGUUUCGCAGUAUAAUAGAUGAUGCUUGGUGGUUUGGAAUGGUGGAGAGUCAGCAGCCUUUCCAGGCAGAAUAUCCUGAUAGUUCCUUCCAGUGCUACAGCGUUCACUGGGACAACAACGAAAGAGAAAAGAUGAGUCCAUGGGACAUGGAACCAGUUCCAGAAGGAACUGCUUAUCCAGAUGAGGUUGGUGCUGGAGUUCCCGUGUCCCCAGAGGAACUGACAUCUCUGCUGUAUAAACCCCAAGAAGGAGAAUGGGGGGCCCAUUCCAGAGAUGAAGAAUGUGAACGAGUUAUUAGGGGAAUUGAUUAUCUUCUGACCCUUGAUAUUUCUAACCCCUUUGCUGUUCCAGUGGAUCUUAGUGCCUAUCCCAUGUAUUGCACUGUAGUUGCUUACCCAACUGACCUCACCACAAUCAGGAGGAGACUUGAAAACAGAUUUUAUAGGAGAAUCUCAGCAUUGAUGUGGGAGGUUCGAUACAUUGAGCAUAAUGCUAGGACUUUCAAUGAGCCAGACAGUCCUAUAGUUAAAGCAGCCAAAAUUGUAACAGAUGUCUUACUUCGCUAUAUUGGGGAUCAGAGUUGUAGUGAUAUAUUGGAUAUAUAUAAUAAAGUGAAAGCAGAAGAUCUAAGCAGUACUGAUGAAGAGGAGGAGGUGGCAGAAGUAGAUGUGGAUUCAGAUGGGCCUGGAACUUCAUCUGGGAAAAGAAGAGUAAGACGACCAAUAAAAAAGCAGCCCUUCAAAGCAAGCCCUGAUGCUUGGAAAGAACAGUGCAAGCAGUUGUUAAGCCUUAUAUAUGAACGUGAGGACUCCGAGCCUUUUAGACAGCCAGUUGAUCUCUUCUCCUAUCCUGACUAUCGAGAUAUUGUAGAUACUCCAAUGGAUUUCAGCACUGUGAAAGAAACUUUGGAAGCAGGAAAUUACACCAAUCCUCUGGAAUUUUACAAGGACGUUCGCUUAAUAUUCUGCAACUCUAAAGCUUACACACCUAAUAAAAAGUCACGGAUCUAUAGCAUGACGCUUAGACUAUCUGCCUUAUUUGAAAAUCAUAUUAAAAACAUCAUCUCUGAAUACAAGCUGGCCAUGCAGUGUCAGAAGAGGAAUAGGCAACGCUAUAGAAAACGACUAAGGAGCAGUAGUAGUUCGCCAUCUAGUAGCAGAGCAUCCAGCCCUAAAGGGAAACAGAAACAAGUGAAGGUGCAACCUAAAAUCAACCAGAAUACCUCACUGCCUUUGACUAGGACUAGCUCUUCAGUUUCAUCUCAUGUUUCAGAUACUACAGAGGAGGCUCUGGGUUCAGCCAUUGGUGAAGAAACUGAGGGCCAGCCAUCCUCAUCUGGGUUAAAUACACAGAACCGAAGUGGAAAUAACAUUGAUCCAGGGAAAAAUAGACUAGUCAGGAGUAAAUCCACACCAGUUAAACAAGAUCAGUCUCUUGAUGGACCACUUACAAAUGGUGAUAGCCGAGAGCCUCGGAUAGCAGUCAAGCGAAAGUUAGUAAGUGCCUCAGAAGAGGAGGAACACCUAGAGGAAGAGGAGAAGAAGAGAGAAUUAAAAGAAAAACCUGGUUUAUCUUCAUCAGAAAGUGGCGAGUCAGAAUCCAGUUCAAGCUCUGAAAGCAGAUGUGGCUCUGAUUCAGAUUCUGAAUCAACCUCUAGAACAGAUCAGGAUUACAUUGAUGGAGAUCAUGACUACAGUAAAGUUGUGCAAACUAAACCCAAAAGAAAAAUUAAAAGGAAAAUUGCUGGUGGGAAAAGAAACUGGCAGGGCAGAGGAACAGGGAGGAGAGGUAGAUGGGGCAGAUGGGGUAGAUGGAGCAGAGGGGGAAGAGGUGGCAGAGGAGGAAGAGGAGGCUGCGGCAGAGGAAGAAGAGGAGGCAGGGGAGGAAGAAGAGGCAGAGGAGGUAGAGGAGCUUCACGAGGAGCAACCAGAGCCAAACGUGCACGAAUGGCAGAUGAUGAAUUUGAGAAUCUGUUUGGCGGCCGAUUUGGCGAGAAUAUGUUUGGAGGACGAUUCAGUAGGCCACCACGAAUUAAAACAAGGAACGAAGGCAGGAGAACUGUUUUAUAUAAUGACGAUUCAGAUAAUGACAACUUUGUGCACACCGAGGAUCCUCUGAAUCUUGGUACUUCCAGAUCGGGCAGGGUGCGGAAAAUGACAGAAAAAGCCAGGGUCAGCCAUCUCAUGGGAUGGAAUUAUUGACAGAUAAACAUCUUUGAAAAAUUUCAAACGAACUUCAAAGGCCUUCUACUGCAGGGAUUUUACCAGAAAAUCUACCAAGCAAGCUGUGGGGGGACUCCACUCACUUUCUACAGUGGUGCUUUUCCAUUAUGCCAGUAUACAUUUGUUUUAAGACUUCAGAUUGCCACACUUCAUUGGUCAAAAAAAGCCUUACUUAAUAGGCCUUAAAUUACAGAAAUUCUUCCCCACGCACUACAAGUUCAUUUUGUUUCAAGGAGCUUCCAGCUUCUCAAUAAUAGCAUGACCUUUUGAAUCAUGAUUAUGAAAUCUCUCCCUUCUUUUGUUUUUUUUGUAUUAUAGAAAUAGCACCUUCUUACAGAGUUUUUAUAUGGUUUGUCAUAAAUCCUUAUACACAGUAAUAAUUAUAACUUUUGCACAAUACACCAAUCCUAAAGGCAGCUAUAAAAUGUUUACCGUUUCUAUAUUGUAAGAAGGAUCUGGAUUAUUUUAAUCUUCCCAGGCCAAACUUUCAUGAAUUGUGCUGAACUGAAGUAUGUUUGUACUACAGUUUAGGAGGGUUUGAAAUGCUUUCUGUUGGUUUGUAAUUCGUGUAAAAAGUGAGAAAAGGGUUGGUGCCUUGUAAAUAUGUAGCAAACCUUUGAUGUGGUGUGUCCUAAUGUGUGCAUUAACUUUAUUAAAAAGAGAAUACUUGAGAAGUAUGAAUAUCUAGACAGAAGGUGCCAAAUGCAAAAGUUACUUGCAUCUAUUUUCUUUUUGUCGUCUCAUAUUUUUAUAACAUUGAUAGAGAUUGUGCAGCAAAGGGUUAAUGUCAACAUUUGAAAGGUUUCUCCUCUUCAAAGCAUAACAUGUCUUAAUAGUAGCUCAGCUACCUCUGUUUACAACUAGUGGAAACUUAAAAGAAAAUGUUAUUUUGCAGUGCUUAUUGAAGAAGAGGCAAGAAUGAGUAUAGCAGGGAUGGAAUUGCUCAAAUUGUGAAGUAACUAUUUCUUCAUCAUAUUGACACUCUGAAACAAACCUUAGUGUAGCCAUCUAUGCUUUCACAAGCCUAAUAUACUUUUAGCAGAUGGUAAUUUGUUGGGCAAACAGCCAGUAGGCACUCUCACAUUUCUGGUAUUGCUUAUUCAGUGAAAGUCUGUGUUCUGUUUUUAAUUUGAUUAUUGAAACGUUCAAAGAAACCUAAAUUGA